GACCAGGAAUCUCUUCCCUGUCUCUCUCCGGCCAAUAUGAAUUUUUUGUCGAAAUCCUUUCCAUUUCGGUUUAUCUCGCUUUUGAGAUCGCGUCGAUGUUUGCUCCAGAGAUAUCAGCUUCUGCAUAUUUCGGAGAACGGCAAGGGAGAGUCUUUGAAAUCAAAAGAGGGUCUCGAGCAAUGCUCCGCUAAUUAUGUUCCUCUGUCUCCGAUCAGUUUCUUGGAACGAGCCGCUCGGGUUUACAGAGAUAGAACCUCUGUUGUUUAUGGUACUGUCAAAUAUACGUGGGGAGAAACUCUAGAACGAUGCCUUCGACUUGCUUCUGCUCUCACCCAGAUGGGAAUUUCUCCUUUCGACGUCGUUGCUGUAUUAGCUCCGAAUAUCCCAGCAAUGUAUGAGCUACACUUUGGUGUGCCAAUGGCUGGGGCAGUCCUCUGUACACUUAACGUACGACAUGAUUCUGCCAUGGUAUCUGUGAUAUUGAGACAUUCGGAAUCAAAAAUAAUCUUUGUAGACUACCAGUUUCUUGAAGUUGCACGUGGCGCACUUGAGCUUCUGUCCAAGACAACAACCAAGCCACCCCUCCUGGUCCUAAUCCCAGAAAGCAAUAAACCGCAACCUGCCAUUAGCACGAUAACCUCUGGUUCAGUUUACUUGGAAUAUGAGAAUCUACUAGCCAUGGGACAACCUGAUUUCAAAAUCAGAUGGCCCAAAGAUGAAUGGGAUCCAAUUAGUUUAAAUUAUACUUCUGGCACAACAUCAAGCCCUAAAGGAGUUGUUUACAGCCAUAGAGGUGCCUACAUUAAUUCAUUUGCAGCUGUUCUUCUUAAUAAUAUGAGUCCCAUGCUCGUUUAUCUAUGGACUGUUCCCAUGUUCCACUGCAAUGGAUGGUGCCUCACUUGGGGGGUGGCACUUCAGGGUGGCACAAAUGUCUGCCUGAGAAAUGUCUCUCCAAAGGGAAUAUUUGAUAGUAUUGCUCUUCACAAGGUGACGAACAUGUCUGGUGCACCAACUGUGUUGAACAUGAUUGUCAAUGCCCCAGCCAGUGACCGAAGGCCCCUACCCUGCAAGGUGGAGGUAAUGACUGGUGGUGCAGCCCCACCUCCACAUGUCUUAUUCAAGAUGGAGGAACUUGGUUUUAAUAUUUUACAUUCAUAUGGCCUGACAGAAACAUAUGGUCCGGGUACAAUUUGUACAUGGAAGCCUGAGUGGGAUUCAUUGCCUGCCGAUCAGCGUGCAAAGUUGAAGUCACGUCAAGGCCUGCAUCAUAAUGCAAUGGAAGAGGUUGACAUAAAAGAUCCAGUCACCAUGAAAAGUGUACCACCUGAUGCAAAGACCAUGGGUGAGGUAAUGUUUAGAGGAAACACAGUGAUGAAUGGGUACUUCAAGGACUUGAAAGCAACACAGGAAGCUUUCAGUGGUGGAUGGUUUCGAACUGGGGAUCUGGCUAUUAAACAUGUUGAUGGUUACAUAGAGGUAAAGGACCGGUCAAAGGACAUUAUCAUUUCUGGUGGAGAGAAUAUAAGCACAAUUGAGGUGGAAGCGGUGCUGUUCAGUCAUCCAGCAAUUCUUGAGGCUGCUGUUGUAGGUCGGCCUGAUGAUCAUUGGGGAGAAACACCUUGUGCCUUUGUAAAGUUGAAGGAAGGUAUGAAUGCCACUGCUGAGCAGAUCAUUGAGUUUUGUCGGGAUCGCUUGCCUCAUUAUAUGGCUCCUCGAACUGUGGUCUUUGAGGAUCUCCCAAAGACUUCGACUGGGAAGACACAGAAGUUUGUCCUCAGAAACAAGGCAAAGGCUAUGGGAAGCCUCUUUAAAGGGAGCAAAGGCAAACUUUAAA